CGCAUGUGUGUUCACCGCAACGUGUAAUACCAGCUUUAUUCUCCCAUCGCUUCGGAGUAACGGAGUAACUCUUGUGGUUUUGUGAUGAUUGCUACGUAUGAGUCGGUAUAGGUAUGUCUAUAUGAGAAACGCGGGGGGGUAGACGGGUAGGUGCGAUAUAUGUCAGACUCGUCCUUCAGUUCUGUCUCAGUCGUAUCACGACGCUUGCGUUUGUCAGUUCUCAGCUAGUUUGCGCAGUUCACUUACGAUCAGUGUAUGUGAACUAAACCCGACGACCAGUGGUUUCUAGCGUCGUUUCUAGGUUGCACGCUCGAUUAAUUAUUAAGAGUUCCAGGACGAGAAAACGUAUGAAAAAUGAUAACGACGGAUCUCCAGUUCGUUAUCACUGCGCUGAGCUUGCUGCUCGGUGGCUUUCUCCUCACCGGAAGUCGCCGGCAUUUCCUCUAUGUACUUUACAAGACGUUACCCAGAGAUAUUUUGGGUGCUUUUCGAUUUUUUAAAGUUAACUUACGUCUUUGGUGGUGGGAAAAACGCGAGUAUACCGUCGCAAAAGUUUUCUCAAAGUAUGCGGCCGCUCAUCCGAAUAAAAUAGCUUACAUCUUUGAGGACAAAGAAUGGACGUAUGAACAGCUAGAACACUACAGCAAUCGCAUAGGACGUUACUUCCGAACGAGGUCAUUUUCUCAAUUUGAUAGUAUAGCUGUUUUUAUGGAAAAUCGUCCUGAAUACAUUGCUACCUGGUUGGGUCUUAGCAAAGCUGGUUUCGUAGGGGCUUUAAUCAAUACAAAUCUUCGUCUUGAUGUACUUGUGCACAGCAUUACCGCUGCCGGUUGCAAAGGUAUCAUUUUUGGAUCGGAAUUCAAGGAUGCGAUUCGUGACAUCAAGGACAAAAUACCUGACAUUGAACUUUAUCAAUGGUCGGAGUUGCCGGACACGCCGAUUUUGGAAGGUGCAAUUGAUGUUAACACCGAAAUCAGUAAGAUUGAUCCUGGACCUCUCAUCGUCCAACUUGAUCAUAGCAAUCCUCGGAACAAAUUAAUUUACGUUUAUACAUCUGGCACGACGGGAAUGCCAAAAGCUGCUGUUAUUAAUAAUUUAAGGUUCAUGUUAAUGACAUGUGGUGUGAACUCAAUGCUUAAUUUACGCUCGAAUGAUCGUAUUUACAAUCCUUUGCCUCUUUAUCACACCGCAGGUGGCAUACUUGGAGCUGGUCAAGCACUUAUGGGAGGAGUCACCGUCAUUCUUCGUAGAAAAUUUAGUGCGUCCAACUAUUGGUCGGAAUGCGUUCAUUACGAAUGUACUGUAGCACAAUAUAUUGGAGAAAUUUGUCGUUUUCUCCUUACAGUCUCACCAAACAAGUAUGAUACAAUGCAUAAAGUGCGUCUAAUGUUCGGAAACGGUAUGAGACCGCAAAUUUGGGAAUCUUUUGUUAAGAGAUUUGGCGUGAAACAAAUAGGAGAAUUUUAUGGAGCCACUGAAGGAAAUUCAAAUCUCGUUAAUAUUGAUAAUAAAAUUGGUGCUGUUGGUUUUAUACCAAGAUAUGCUAGCUAUUUGUAUCCAGUUGCAUUGGUGAAAAUUGAUGAAGAAACAGGGGAAAUAUUGAGAGGACCAGAUGGAUUUUGCAUACCCUGUAAACCUGGUGAGCCAGGUGUUUUUGUGGGUAAAAUUAAUCCAAAGAAAGUGGUAAAUGACUUCACUGGCUACGCAGAUAAAAAGGCUUCAGAGAAAAAAAUUAUUCAUGAUGUCUUUGAGAAAGGCGAUCGGGUCUUCAAUUCUGGUGAUAUUUUAGUGAUGGAUGAACUCGGAUACUUUUAUUUUAAAGACAGAACUGGUGAUACAUUCAGGUGGCGAGGUGAAAAUGUUGCUACUUCGGAAGUGGAGGCUGUUAUAAGCAAUGUGAUAGGUCUCAAAGACGCAACUGUAUUUGGUGUUGAGGUGCCAGGCAAUGAAGGUAAAGCAGGAAUGGCAGCUAUAUAUGAUCCAGAAAAUUCCUUGGACUUAAAAGGACUGGUAGGAAAGUUGAAGAAAGUUUUGCCAAAUUAUGCUAUACCUCGCUUUAUUCGUAUCCUGUCAGAACUGCCAAUGACUGGAACAUUCAAAUUAAAAAAGAAAGAUCUCGAAAAAGAUGCUUUUGAUAUUAAAAAGGUUAAAGAUCCCAUUUAUUUUCUUAACAAUAAUACUUUCAUAAGAAUGACUGAUGAACACUAUAAUAACAUUGUCGCAGAAAAAAUCCAAUUAUAAUCCUUCUUCGUGGCUUUCUUAGGAAGAAACAUCCUUUUUAAAACAGGAUUUAUUAAUUAAAAUAGGAUUUGGAUUUAGAAUAAAACAUUUUUUACGUUUACUAUUAUGUUUCCAGUGUUGGUUAAGCUAUAUUCAGUGAUCAUUAUUUUGUGGACCAAUAAACUAUUGUACGUGUUUUCUUUCGUAAACGUGCACGUGUGUGAACAAGCACGUUUGUUGUUCCAAAGAAAACACGAAAUAUUUUCCAUUAUUAACAUAUUAGCUAUAUGUAUAUAUAGAAUAAUCAUGAGUGAUAUUUUACAAUUUAUGAAUUAUUCAUAUAUCAGGUUCAUGACAAUGUAAACAAAUAUAUGCUAGUGUAAAUUUCAAAAUAACAUAAUAGACGAUAUCCUAAUAAGAUAUACGUGAAAUCCACGUUUCUAUAUGGAUUUCACGUAGAUUCAACGUAGAUUUUAUGUACUGUUUUAUUGGGGUAAUUUUACUCGAUGUUAAAAAAAUGAAAGAGAGAAAAGGCAGAGAGAGA